AUGCUGCAGAUCCUGUGCCUGGCGCUCUGUGGCCUGCUGACCCGCACACGAGCUGAGUCCGGGGCGCUGCUGCGGCUGGGCAUGGACAUCCUGAACCACGAGGUCCAGAGUGCGAUGAACGAGAGUCAUAUCCUGGAGAAGAUGGCAGCGGAGGCUGGCCAGAAACGUCCAGGGGUGAAACCCAUCAAGGGCCUCACUGACAUGAAGGUGAAGGAUGUGCUGCUGCCUGUCAUCACCCUGAGCUUCACACCAGGGGUGGGCGUCUUCCAGUGCGUGUCCACCGGCAUGACCAUCACAGGCAAGAGCUUCAUAGGUAAGAGCAUGGAGAUCACUGUGGUCUUGAACAUCACAGCCACCAACCGGAUUCUGCAGGACGAGGAGACAGGCCUCCCCCUAUUCAAGAGCGAGGGCUGUGAGGUCAUCCUGGUCAGCGUGAAGACCAACCUGCCUAGCAAAAUGAUGCCUAAUGUUAUCGGCAAGUUCCUGGACAGCACCCUACACAAAGUCCUCCCUGGCCUGAUGUGCCCAGCCAUUGAUGCAGUCCUGGUGUAUGUAAACAAGAAGUGGGCCAACUUGAAUGCCCCCAUGCCCAUAGGCCAGAUGGGCACCGUGAAGUAUAUGCUGACAGCCAGACCGUCCACCACAGCCAGCUAUAUCCAAGUGGACUUCAGUCCUGUGGUACAGCAGGAAGAAGGCAAUGCCAUCCAGCUUGCUGAUGACAGGGAGGCCCCAGAGUUCCCUGACGAUUAUGAUGAAGGCUCUUCACAGCUGCUGCUCUCGGCCUCCUUUCUCACAGCAGAACUUGCCCUCCUGCAGAAGUCCUUUGAUUUGAACAUCCAGGAUACCAGGGUUGGUGAGCUGCCCCCACAAACCACUAAGACACUGUCUGUUUUCAUCCCUGAAGUGGCGGAGGCCUAUCGCAAGCCAAAGCCCUUGGUGACUCAGAUUAGGAUAAACAAGCCCCCCAAGGUCACCAUGGAGACAGGCAAGAGCCUGCUGCACCUCCACGGCACCCUGGAGAUGUUCGCAGCUCGGCGGAAGCGGGGCAAGGCGCCUGUGUCCCUCUUCCUCCUGGAAGUUCACUUCAACCUGGAAAUUCAGUACUCAGUGCGUGAGAACCGGCUGCACAUGACCACCUCUCUGAACAGAUUACUGAGCCUGUCCCGGGAGACCUCAUCAGUUGGUGCCUUUCAGGAGAAGAAACUGACCGGCUUUAUCACUGAUUUUCUUCGAGAAGCCUACAUCCCGGCUGCCAAUGAUGUGCUCCGAGUUGGACUUCCACUUCCAGACUUUCUGGGCAUGAAUUACAACCUGGCAGAGCUGGACAUAGUAGAGAAUGCCCUGGUGAUGGACUUGAAGCUGGACUGA